GCCUACCAUCCCCACCCAUGUUUUGUUUAAUCGUGCCUCAGACAGCAUUACCACCACCUGGGAACUUUGAGACAGCCUUGGGAAGAGCGGAGGACUCAGAUCGCUGUCCUCUCCUUGUGCACGACUAUUUUUGGGGCCCAUUGACUGACACAAACCUGAUGCAGCCACACCACACUCACGCUGCCCUGCUGGUUGAUGUCUGGGGUUAAGAACUUGAUCGAGCAGGUUUUCUUUCUUGUCAGAGCUUUAAACUCUCCCCACUGAGUUUAUACUUAAAGGACAGGACUGUGUUCGGAAAAAGACAUGAGGAUGGAGACUUUCUCAAGAUCACAGAUUCUGCAGGACUUUAAUUUUCAAUGCAGCAAACUGGCAUCCAACAACAACCGAGGGUUCAAGCAGGCCUUUAGGCAGGAGCUGAAUGAUGUUGGGAAAGAUCUCCCCAGUAUAGCCGGCAGCUUGGAGGCCAACAGAGAAAAAAACCGAUACCCUUGCAUUUUGCCAUAUGAUCACUGUCGGGUGAGGCUUUCAGUUCAAAACCAAAACCCAUAUUCUGAUUACAUCAACGCAAAUUUUGUCCCCGGUGGGGGAUCAGAAAGAGACUUCAUAUGCACCCAAGGUCCAAUAUCCAACACUUUAGCCGACUUCUGGAGGAUGAUCUGGGAGCAAAAUGUCAGGAUAAUCAUCAUGGUGACUGCUCUCAGAGAAAAGAACACAGUACUGUGUGAGAAGUACUGGCCUCUGGAAGAAGGGACAGUUUAUCAUGGGCUGUUCCAAAUCACGACAGUGACUCGGAAACAGGGUCCAGAUUAUUUUGUUACUACCAUUAACCUGCGACAGAGGGACCUGCCAAACAACAGAAUAAUCACUCAUUACUACUACCCGUCGUGGCCGGAUCAGAGAGUCCCAAACCCAUUUUCUCUGUGUGCCUUCACUGAGCAUGUGCGGCAGCAUUUGGAGGCUCUACCCUGCCUGGGGCCAGCUGUGGUGCACUGCAGUGCAGGCAUUGGCCGGUCGGGGACGUUUGUGACUUUGUUGUGGCUGAUGCAGCUGAGCAUGAGAGGGAUCCCACCUGACAUCAAAGGUGCUGUGAGGGACCUGCGGCUGCAUCGGAUGUCGAUGGUCCAGACACUUGACCAGUACAUAUUUAUUCAUCACUGUCUGCUGCAAUGGCUCAGUGGAGGAGCAUCAGCAAGCAGGCAACAGAUGCAGGUACCGGGUUUGAAUUCUAACCAUCACAAGAAGGAUCAACCUCAGAGCUCACGGAGGAGGAGGCGACACAGCUCUCAACAGAAACCUCCAGCAGAUCAACCCCAGAACACACUGCAACAGAUUUUUAAACCUGGGAACCUACUGAGGAGGUUAAUACCCUCCUUAUCACAGAUGAAUCCGGACUCACAAAAUGCCUGAAGAUAUCCUCUGAAAAAAGGCAUGGAGGAACUGAUAACCAUCUCAUUGGAUGUAAAAAGGGGGUUCUUGAUGCUGAGUUAUACAAGCGUAGGCAAUGACUGCAACGCUGUGUAUGCAGUGUGAGGAGAGGCCCCGGAGGCACAGAACUGCCCUGGCAACAUGCAGAUAAAUGCUUUUAACAAAGACACAGCAGUUUGUACUGUAACCAGGAGGAAGAACUGAGGGAAUAAUUCAUCAGGUUAAACCUGUUAUUCUGCAAAUCACUUCUGAUUCAUGAGAAAAGGAGGCUGCGUGAAGUAAAAAUACUGCAGGCAGAGGCUUUUUAUCAGCUCACCAACAAAAAACCUUUUAUGAUGAGCAAAGAGUCCAGGUGGGAGCGGCGAGAGAGCUAAUUAUUUACCUUAACUGGUGACAAAGACUGCUGAGAUGUAUUUUAUUAACA